GGACUUGCUUUUCUGAGAGGAGAGUCAAACUUCCAUCUCCAGCUCCCAACGGGCUUUCUCCAGGGAAUUGCAAAGAGGCUUCUUUCCCCUUCAGGUUAGCAGUAUCAGCCUAAGUCAGAACCAUGGCUCCAAAAGCUCAAAAACAAAAGAGCUCUGAUGGCAACAAAAAAACCAAACAGAGAAAAACCAAACAAACAUUACCUGAUAGAGAAGAAACAGAACCUGCAAAUAUGGAGAACAUAGGUCAUCCAGAAAUUUAUCCUUUGGUGUUAACUACCCAGACCCAGGAAAUAUUUAACUGCCGAAUAGAUGAAGAUGUUACAGAUGGAAAACCUUAUAAACUUAUCAAAAAAGAAGAUAUUUUAGCAGACUUUAAAAACAGAGCUGCUGUGUCUGAUUUCUACCCAGUCAAAAAAGUUAUCCAGGAAUAUCCUGGAGACGAGCUUCUGGUUGUUUAUGACAAAGACUUCAGAUAUGGACUUAACUUUUAUCUUAUUGGAACAGAAGAGGGCAAAGAAAACUACUUAAAUUACCCAGAAGUACCAGAAGAACACGAAGAAUAUAAAGAGUAUAUUCCUGAAGAUUUAUAUAUUUAUAGACCACCUAUCUCUAAACCAUGGGUUUCUUUGGGCAGUGAAAAAGAAAUUGAUGAAGAAUCGGUUAAGGAAUCUGCAAAGCAGAUUACAUAUAUGAUUUCUCGAAAACGACGUGAAUUUGGUACGCCAAUUAAGUUCAGGGACCAAAAUGCUUCCAGUGUAAAAGACGCCUAUAUUGAAUGUACAGCCUACUCAGAUAAAAAUUUUAUCAUUAAGCAACUGGAGAAAGAUGUGGGCAUGCAAGUAGUCCCCAAUGUCAAGGACACAAGUACUCAAACAAAAUGGACAUAUCCCCAAAAUGUUGCUAUACAGUAUUAUCCAAGAGAAUUUUCAGAGGAGGAAAAAGAGAUAUUUGGACAAUCUAAGCCUUUGAUCAACUUUCUAAAUAAUGCAUCUAUAAGUGUUGAAAUAGCCCUGCAGCAAAAUGAAAUCAUGAACACAUUUAUUGAUGACUGGAAGAACCUGGCAGAAGAAGAAGGCACCUUUGAAGACAAGACUGAUACCCACCUAAAAGAGUACCAGUCCUUUACCGACCUUCAUAACCUAGCAGAGACAAUGGUCACUUCCGUCUCCUGGCAUCCGACUAUCUAUGGGCUAAUAGCUGUGUCAGUGGCUGUUAGACUCUCCUUUGAAGACAGAGUCCACUUUUCCGGUAAAUUAUUGCUGCAACCAUCACUGAUUCUUUUCUGGAGUUUCUCCGAUCCCAUACAUCCUCAGUUAAUGCUGGAGAGCCCAGAUGACAUCUUUUGCUUCAAGUUCUGUCCAAGUGACCCUAACAUCAUUGCUGGAGGCUGCAUAAAUGGGCAGAUUGUCCUGUGGGAUAUUACUGCACAUGCAGAUCGCAUAGAAAACAUCAAGACAGGAGGUAGCAGCAGUAAAAAAGUCACGCUCAAGCCUAUGUUUCUCCUUGAACCAGACAGUAAUAAAGAAGUGAUGUAUAUCAGACACUGUGCAGUCUCCUCAAUAGAAAAUGGCCAUAAGAAAGUAAUUACAGAUAUACACUGGCUGUCUGACACAUUUGAGAUUAACAGAAUGGGUUCUGUCUUCGAGAAUCGCAAUGGAAUAUGCUGUCAACUUGUCACAUGUUCGGCGGAUUGCACGAUAUGUUUUUGGGAUAUCAGACCACAAAAAGCUUUAACCCCACAACCAGUAGAGAAAAAGAAAGAAGAAAGUAUUGAAAUUCCUUAUGAUGUACCAUCUACUUUUUUGCAUCUAGAUCUCUCCUGGAAACCUUUCACUAAGAUAAAGCUGUCUAAAGGUGAAACAAGUUUAGACCACUGCCCAACCAGGGUCAGCCUGAGCGAGGACAAUUUCCUUUACAAAACACAAGACAAAGUAUCAGCCCAGAGCAAAGCAGUGAAGACAGGAGAGAUACAUCCGUACCAGAGUCUGGAAGGUGGGUUUGGCAACAAUCUGAAGCCUAUAGAGGACUUCUGCACGAAGUUCUUUGUCGGAACAGAGGAAGGUGAAGUGAUAUACACAGAUUGGAAAAUGGAAAGAGACCCUGACACUGGCCGAAUGAUGGCAAAGAAGCCAGUGAACCUUUACACUGUCCAUGAUGGAGCUGUCCACACUGUUCAGAGGUCACCUUUUUACAAGGACAUUAUCCUCACCAUUGGGGGAUGGAACUUGGCCAUCUGGAAAGAAGGUGUUACAACUGGACCCCUCCUUCAGUCAUGCUGUGCACCCAAAAGGUACACAGCAGGCCACUGGUCCCUGACAAGGCCUGGAGUCUUCUAUAUUGGCCGAGAAGAUGGAUACAUUGAUAUCUGGGACCUUCUGGAGAAAACCCAUGAGCCAUCCCAGUCACAAAACAUCUGCAUAACCAUGAUCACCUGCAUCAAACCCUGGACCUUUAGUGCUAAGCAGCAAUUUAUAGCCAUAGCUGAUUACUAUGGAACACUGCAUAUAUUGGAAAUUCCUUGGACGUUAAGUCACCCAUCUGCCAAUGAGGUAUCAGGCACGAGCCACUACUUUGAAAGAGAAGUCAAGUAUCUGGAAUAUGUAGAACAGCGUAAGAAAAUCCGUGAACAAGAAAAGAAAGAAAUGGAUCUGGAACUUGAGAAGAAAAAAUCUAAAACAUAUCAGAAGUCAAAAGAACAGAUGGAGGCUGAAUUGAGAGAUGAGUAUGACAGUUACUUAGAACUGGAAAAGAACACCCUCAUCAAGCUUGGCCUCAUCAGAGUGCCAGAGACGAUGCCAUUCAUGGAUUUAUGAGGUGGAAAAGCUUUCUGCAGGGUGUUUGGGGGACUUGGUAGGCCUGUCUUUUCUUUUUAUUCAUUAUUUUUUAUGUAAGGUGAGCUAGCAAAUUAAACAUGGUUUACUUGUAUUUGCCUUUUAUUUCACUAUAAUUAAAACGUGAUUUAUCACAACAAGA